AUGAAACAGAUGUUGAAAGAUUUUUCAAAUCUGUUGUUAGUAGUUCUCUGUGACUAUGUUCUCGGCGAAGUGGAGUAUCUCCUGUUGGAGCACCCGGAUCAUGUAGCCUUCAGCAAUGACACAGUGUCAGUGGAAUAUCAGUACUACAGUGGUGGUAAUGUGACAGCAGAGCCUGUAUCCAUCCUUUUACUGGAUGCCAGCACCAGUGAGAUAAUUGCAAGAAAACUGCUUCCAGCAAAUCAGUCCCAGGGGACAGUGGUGUUUGAGUGUUUCCAUUUCAAGAGUGCUGGUGAUUUCUUGUUCAGAAUGGUCUCUCCCAGUGACAACAGUAGUGCUGCCCAAUGGAGCAGAAGCAGCAUGUCCACCCUCCAUGUGGAAUGGCCUGUAUUUCACAUUGAUUUGAACAGGAGUUCAGAGGUGCUUGGGACCUCCCUUCAGGUUGGACUUUUUACAAAUGAGCAGUUAUGUGCCAUGAACAAGACUUUGAUUUCACUGGAUGUGAUAUUCACCAGCACCCUUUAUGAAUUCAGAAGAGUAAGCUCUGAUGAGACUCUAGGCAUUAGAACUAGCAAAGGAAUCCCCCUGUCUAGGUCCCAGUGGGUAGAGUUUGACUGCCCACCCAUUGGUCAAGAAAUAUACAUCACUGUAUUACUGAAAUCGUUAGAAACACAUUCCAUCAUUGCCUCCAUAGGACCUGUAGAUCUGCUUCACAAAUUUGGAUACAGACUGGUUGUGGCAGCAGAACCUACAUGCAAAACUUUGGUUCAGGUCUUUGUAAUCUCUCCACCAUGCACUUCUAUCAGUGGAAAAAUUGUUGCUUAUAAAGAGGCUCUCAAGCAUCCGAGUCAAAGAACAGCUUGGCUGUAUGAAAACAUCCUUCACCCAGGGGACAACAGGACAGAAUUUAACUGCACUUUGUUUGAUGUGGGGAAGAAUAAAUACUGCUUUGACCUCCUCAGUUUCUCAAACCGAAGCUACUUUCCAGCAAGAGUUAAGGAGUGUGUGCUGAUCCAAAGGAAUAUGGAAACGUGGAGCCGGUGGCAGCCCUGGAGCCCGUGCAGUGUCACCUGUGGGGACGGCAUCCGGGAGCGCUUCCGAGAGUGCCUCACCUCCUCGCCGGCAAAACCAGGCUGUGCUGGAUCACCGAGGGAGACUUCCCUGUGCUCGCUGGAGGAGUGUGUGUCUGUCCAGCCUCCCACCCCACCUUCUGUUCAGCCAGGAGAGGACCAGAAAGCAAAUAAUAUAGUUACCAUCACAGGUAUCUCGCUGUGCUUGUUCAUUAUCUUUGCCACUGUUCUUAUCACCCUCUGGAGGAAGCUGUGCAGAGCUCAGAAAUGCAGCACUGCUGUCCGACGAAACUCUGUCCAUUCCCCUGGCUUCCGGAAAAACUCUGAUGAGGAGAACAUCUGCCAAGGCAACAAGCAACGGGACAGCUUUGCUGAAGGAGGGAAUGCCCCUGUUAACAUUCCUCUAACCUACAGGCGAAGCCUCCAAUUUGCCCAAGAAGAUGAUGCCUCUGGGAGUGAAAACUUUCAGCCAAAUGCCCAAAAAAUAAUCCCUCCGAUUUUCAGCUAUCGCCUGGCCCAACAACAGCUGAAAGAGAUGAAGAAGAAAGGCCUGACGGAAACCACUAAGGUGUACCAUGUCUCUCAGAAUCCUCUCACGGACACGGUUCUUGGUGCCACCACAAUGCUUCCCCUGAGUGGGGAAAACCAAGAGGAGGCAGACGGAAACAAAUUUCGGAUCAAGUCUCCAUUUCUGGACCAGCCAGCCAGUCAGCCCAAGUUCCUGGGAGAAGGCUGUCACCCUAGGCUGGAUCUUCCAUUCUCACAGGCCAAUACUGCAAUGAGCCCUACCCAAACCUUGGUAAGAAGAGGUCAUUUCAAGCACCAGGAUAACAGAGUGGACUUGCCUGAGAGGGGCUGUCACAGAAACUCGCAGUUCAGAAGAACAGCCAGUUUCCAUGAAACUAAGAAGGCCAGGCCUUUCAGAGAGAGAAGCAUGUCCACUCUCACACCCCGACAGACUCCCCUCUAUAACUCCAGGACCAGGACAUGGGACCACGGUCUGGAGGACAGGACACGGCCAAAAUCACGAAACACUAAUCCAGCUUGUGAAAAGCUGGAUCAGCCCCACAGCACUGUGGUGGGGUGUGAACCACAGGGCCAUGGUGCAAAGCUGCACCACAGGGCGGGUCCCCCGGUGAGGAAGCUGGACCUGGUCACAGACCACCAGCCUGCUGGUCAGGAGAGGGCAGCUGAGAAGCCUGAGCCCAGCCGAAGUAAGAGGGGCCCUUCACCUAACCCCAAAGGUGUGUGGCAGAAAGAAACAGGCUCAAAUGGCAAAGAUAUUUCCCAGAGAGGCCAAAGUGUCAGCCCUGCCCAGUAUAGAAGGGACAAGUGUCAGAGCUUCCCCUUGGACCCUGAGUUUGCCUUUUAUGACAAUUCUACUUUUGGCUUAACGGAGGCAGAGCAGCAGAUGAUUGACCUCCCUGGGUAUUUUGGCUCAAAUGAAGAAGAUGAAACAAGUACUCUGAGCAUUGAGAAGCUGGUGAUCUGA